AUGAAACUUACUCGCCAGGAGAUCAACCGACAUAACAAUCAGGAGUCGUGUUGGGUCGCCAUCCACGGGGCUGUCUACGAUGUCACAGACUUUUUGGACUCCCACCCGGGUGGUGCAACGGUGAUUUUGCGAUGUGCGGGCAAAGAUGCGACUGAAGAAUUUGACUCUGUUCAUUCACUGGAGUUGUUGAGUGAAGCACUCCCUGAAACCGCGCUCCAAGGCUACAUUGAUCCCGGUGAAUUAGACAAGCCGAAAGAUAAACCGAAUGCGUUGAAUGAGGAGCAAUCAAAUGCAGACCAUGACAGUCUUCCGCCAUUGCAAAGUCUAAUCAAUCUGCAUGAUUUUGAGCGAGUUGCCCAGAGGCUUCCUGCGACGACAUGGGCCUAUUACUCAUCCGGUGCCGAUGACGAGAUCAGCAAACGGAAUAAUGCCCUGGCAUAUCAAAAGAUUUCCCUUCGUCCACGUAUCCUGCGCAAGAUUCCUGCUGUGAAUACAACCACUGCAAUCUUAGGGUACUCUACCAUGCUCCCGGUGUAUGUCUCUCCGGUGGGUCUUGCAAAACUUGCCCAUCCAGAGGGCGAGUGUGCGCUGGCAGCUGCAGCUGGUAGGGAAGGACUGGUCCAAGUUCUCGCAAACGGAUCCAGCAUGCCGAUUGAACAAGCGAUGAAGAGUCGUACUUCACCGAACCAGCCUAUUUUCCAACAACUAUAUGUGAACAAAGACAUUCAGAAGUCUGUUGAGACUGUGCGGCGCGCUGAAAGAGCUGGUGCUAGUGCUAUUUGGAUUACGGUCGACUCGCCGGUGGUGGGGAAACGUGAGAUGGAUGAACGGCUUAACUUGAGGGUGACAGCUACCGAUAAUACUGCGGAAGGACAGGGUGUGGCGAAGAUCAUGGCCAGCUCAAUAUCUCCAUUCAUCGACUGGGAAAUUCUCACAUGGCUUCGCCAACUGACAGAUCUUCCUGUUGUCAUCAAGGGAAUCCAAUGCGUGGAGGACGCGGUGCUUGCCUAUCAGCAUGGUGUGCAAGGCAUUGUACUCUCUAACCACGGAGGACGCUCACAAGACACGGCACAAUCACCACUUCUGACACUACUGGAGAUUCGAAAGUUCGCACCUCACUUAAUUGAGAGCAAGAUGCAGAUCUUUAUUGACGGGGGCAUUCGCCGAGGAACAGAUGUACUCAAGGCGAUUGCGCUAGGGGCAACCGCUGUCGGAUUGGGCAGACCCUUUUUGUUCAGCUUGUCCGGAUAUGGCGAGAAGGGUGUGCGACGGAUGAUCGAGAUUCUACGACAGGAGAUCGAAACCAAUAUGGUUUUUCUGGGAGUCACCAGUCUCGAAGAGCUGAGACCCGAAAUGGUGAAUACCAGUCGGUUGGAGAAACACUUGAUAGCUAGCGUAAAGCUAUAA